UUUAGGACAAAUAUUUGCAUUUCUUGAGAGUGGAAUUCCAGUGUCGGAUUUUGAAAACCAGUUAAAGGAUUCACUUAUAACCAUGGCUAUCUCGGAAGAUUUUUGUGAAACCAGAGUUUAUGAAAACACAAUCAAGCUAAUAUCAUUCGGAGCUAACCCUAAUGGUACCGCAACAUUCAAAGACUCUGCACUUAUCCUUUCGAUCAAGAAACAUUUUUGGGAAAUAGUCGAUAUAAUAAUUGCUCAAGGGGCGGAUCUAAACCACAGAGGAGAAGAUGGAAAUACAGCUCUACAUGUCUGUUGCCAAAAUGCUUCGUCCUUGGAUACCUACAAAGUCAUGAUUGCACAACUGUGUACAGCGGGGGCAGAUGUGAACGUGAUGAAUAAUGAAAGAUUGACACCUCUGCUUAUUCUUAUGAUGGGAACCUCUAAUUCUGAAUUUCUUAUGAGCAGCAGUCUAGAUGCAGACAAAAGCCUUAUCAGGUGUCUUUUGAAUCACGGUGCUAAUGUGAAUGUUGUCUUUCCAACCACUUCAGAGUCUACAUUGCAUUUUGCCAGCAUGCAAGGGGACUUUGAAACAGCUAAAAUGUUAAUUGAAGCUGGGUAUGACGUCAACAAAUGCGAGACGAAUGGAGAAGUGCCGAUUUUUGCCUUUUUUCCUUUAGAUUCAACGAAAGAGAUAAAUGUUGUGAAUAUGUUCUUGGAAAAUGGUGCUUCUGCGAAUGCGUUGGAUAAAGAAGGAACUUCCCUACUUGAACGUGUUUUUCAACAAUUGAAGUUUACUUAUUCUUCCUUUUGGGAUGAAAUGGAACGCAGAGAGGAUCUUAUACAAGAAUUAACAUCACUUUUACUACAACUUCUUCUGAAUGAAGCUGACCCAAAUCGAGUUAAAGCAGGUCAGGACUCUCUCUUAUUACAAGCAAUACAGACGCCGGAUAUGGAUGAUGUCGUGAGUGCUUUAGUUGAGGCCGGGGCAGAUGUGUGCCACAUUGGUAGAAACAAGAUGACAACAUUCGAAGCUUGCUGUCUGAAUAAUGAAACGGAUUACCUUGAUGAGAAUCAGCUGGUUAUACUUUCGCUUAUAAUUGAAGCAAAUUUUCCUCUAAAUGAGCCAUUAAGCGAUGGGAGAUAUCCACUUGAAUUUAUUAUGGAUUAUGCAAAUACAGACGCCAUUAUACAAGAUAUGCUGUGUAAGGGAGCAGAUCCCAACCAAUACAAAGAAGGGAGUGAACCACCUUUGGUACUCUCACUGAAUCGGAGUCCUUUCCUAAGCUAUGCUUUAAUAAAAGCUGGGGCAGAUACAUCUAUCAAAAGCAUUGAGAACAUAAAUGUCCUUGCAUUGUUUUGUGGUGUGAGAGAGAGAGAUUUUAGGUUAUGUUAUAAAAAGCUUCUGGUAACCAUAGUUGUGUCUGCAAAGUUAAGAUCAAGACAUUGA